AUGCUGGAAUGUGCUGUGACCCUGGUUCUAGUGGAGGAAGGUACCAAGUGUGGGGACAUAUGGUGGCACUGGGUCCAGGGGUGCAUGAUGUCUCCUAGGCUCAUGCUGCUGAGGUCCACGACAUCAACAACUGUGUGGUCCUUAGGAGCACUGUGGGAGUCUACAGUGGCUAAAGAAAAGGAUAAACAAUUGUAUUUUUUUGAGUCCAGUUCAUUUGGAAAGCCUAUGUUGGAGGCACCAUAUAUGUGGGUUUGAACCAAACUUUUUGUUCAAGUAAGUCUAUGCACCUCAGAUCCAAAUUUGGUGGUGUUCCAGGAUACCUGCAGCACCACUCCGUCUGACUUUGCAUCUCCAACCUAUGACCUCAGCAAGAGUGGAUGUAAUUGAGAUGAGACUUGUAAGGUGUAUCCCUUACCUCGACACUGUGCAAGAUUCCAGUUUAACUCCUUUGAAUUCUUGAGGUGUCUGGGCUCCAUGUAUCUCUAGUAUAAGGUUUCUAGUGGUAGUAGUAAUCAGUCUCGCUGCAACCAGACUGUUUUUCUGAAGAAAAGAGACAUUUCUUCAUACAAAUAGAAGACUAAUUCUGCCAUAGAAUGCAUUCAUUUGAAAAGGGAUUGAUGGGCAAGUGGAAAUUAAGAAUUUCAGUAUCAAAUGCAUGAAACUCAGAUUCAACCUUUUAACAAUCUGCAUCUGUUUUCAUUCAUGGUCCUUGUUCUGAAUAUUGUGAUUGUGGCUACAAUUCUAGCAAAGCAUUUUGUGAGUCAGAGAACAGACUACAAAGUCCAGAAACUGCAGGACUAUUAA